CUUCUAUACUGUGUUGAUUUAAAUGAAAAUAUUCAAAUUGAAUUUGUUAACUUAAACAAAAAAAAAAAACAAAAACAAAAAUUAACAAAUUUAAAGCCAUCGUUAAGUGGUCGUCGUGCCAGCUGGAUAGAUCAAAGGGUCAAAAUUCAAACGCGAAAAUUUAGCAUCAAACAAACGCAAGAAAUCGAAGAUGAACCAGAGCCUUUAAGCAUGGCUUGGCCAGAUACUGCCCGUAAACGUUUAACUUAUAUACUGGUGGCGCCUCUUUUAAUACCCAUGUGGUUGACUUUACCCGAUACUCGUACGCCCAAAGGUAAAAAACUAUUUCCGGUAACGUUUAUUGGUUCCAUAGUAUGGAUAGCGGCCUUUUCAUAUCUUAUGGUAUGGUGGGCCAAUGUGGCCGGUGAUACGGCCCGUAUUCCACCCGAGGUUAUGGGUUUAACCUUUUUGGCGGCUGGUACCUCUAUACCAGAUCUGAUAACUUCGGUUAUAGUGGCGCGUAAAGGUUUUGGUGAUAUGGCUGUUUCCAGUUCUGUGGGUAGUAAUAUCUUUGAUGUUACCGUGGGAAAUACUUAUGACUACGCAGGCAAUGCUGCCAAUUCCUCGGAAACCUCAAUGGCCACACAGCCUGGUGGUUCGGUAACAUCGAGAGCGGCUUCGGAGUCGAGAUCAGGACCGCCUGGAUCCAGUAGUGGUGCUGGCACUACAGGUAAUAGCAGUGGUGGAAAUGCGAGUAGUACACAGACUGGUGCAAAAUUUCGUCAUGGCCUAUUGCAGCUUAUGAUUCACACAAUAGAUCCGCUACAUGAUGGUGAGUUCAUGAUGUUUCCAUAG